UGGGACGGGGCACUCGCAUUAGCAAUCGAAUAUCUAAUCGGUGCACACGCUUCGGUACAUUCUUCACAUACCAGCUUACAUUCAUCAUGGCUCCAACAGGUCAAGUUGCCAAGAAAGGUUCCAAGAAAGCAGUCAAGGCCCCCCGGCCCAGCGGUGGCAAGAAGAGGCACAGGAAAAGGAAGGAGAGCUACGGAAUCUACAUCUACAAAGUCCUUAAGCAGGUUCACCCUGAUACCGGAAUUUCUAGCCGGGCCAUGACGAUCAUGAACAGCUUCGUCAACGACAUCUUCGAGCGAAUUGCCGGCGAAUCUUCUCGGCUGGCCCAGUACAACAAGAAAUCUACCAUCAGCAGUCGUGAGAUACAGACCGCCGUGCGCCUUCUUCUUCCAGGGGAGCUUGCUAAGCACGCCGUGAGUGAGGGCACCAAAGCGGUGACGAAGUAUACCACAUCUAAAUAGAGGGAGUUAUACUCUUCAUGAACAGACAACGGCCCUUUUCAGGGCCACACAAAUAUUCAAGAAAGAAUGCAUUAUGUAGUAUGAUAAGUAGUAUGAAGGAAUAAAUGAACGGUCGAAUAAAUUAAACGAAUGAAAAUAAAUAAU